AUGCUUGAUAUCAAAUUUAACGAUUAAAUGUGCAAACUUUAUAUUAUAUUUACAAUAUAUACCCAAGAACACUAAUUUCCAGGAGAAAAGCAAAUGUUACUAUUUUUACACAUUCUCUUUUUGCUAUGUCAGUAAUGA